GGCAACGUUUCGACGUCGUUGUAAAAGAUCGUUACAUAUUGACAAACGUAUCGUUGUAUUUUGUGAUCAAGAUUUUACAGAUUUACAGAUUUUUACUGAAUAUUACAGAUAAUUGAAAUGAAUAUGGCUGACUUCAAUUAUAACAAUUUUACCCACGAGGGUUUAGAAAAAGAGAAGAAAAAGCUGCUUGUUCAGCUUAAGGGGGAGUCCAUUUCUAAAGAUGGAAGGGAAUUUUGGGCUAAGGCGGAGAUAAUCCAAGAACAAUAUGAAGAUCCAUAUAGAAGAUACGAAUAUACAAGCAGGAAGUUGUUUACUCAAUUUAAAAAAGAGGCACAGACAGAGUCAGAGUUAAAGUUCUGGACACAACUUGAACAAAAGAGAGGCGCAUACAGGUAUCCCGAGGAUGAUAGCUUCAUCUGUGGAGAUGUAUUAGAUGAAGAAACGGAGGACGAAGCCGAUAUUGUUCAAACUAAAGUCGAUUAUGUACAACUUGAAUCCAGCAGUGGAAUAUAUGAAGCAGGAAACAAAAGAGAUAAUUUUGAUAAGGAACAAGAUGAAACCAGAAAUGACAAACAGAACAAACUAGCAGAGACAGCAACUAAAAACCAGGACAUUAGACCGAAAACUGUUGAGUCUUCCUCUCUAGCUUACAUCCAUCAAAAGGAAGAUCCUACGUGGACAGAUAUAUCUUUGAAGAACGACAUUGAAUUGGAUAUUCCCGACAAAAACGAGAGGAAAAUUAUGGAAAAGGAGGAAAAGAAGAAGGAAAAAAUAACAAUCAAAUUAUCUAAAGCUGAUAAGAAAAGAAGACAGAAGGAAGAUAACAAAUCUAAAAAGAAACAGACAAAAGACGAACUUAAAAAGGCAAAGAAAUCAACCAUCAGAGAUUUCAUCAAUUCGCUGUUUUCUUGUUUCCGAAAAUAGAAAAAAAGAG